UGUCUGUGAUCACCGGUGACAGUUCUAAUCAAAACAAACGAUUUCGCACGCCGCUCUGCAUGCAGACGCCGUGCAAUUUUUUCGCGAUUCGCAACGCGUGUUCGGUGGCCUGGCGAUGGCCUUCGCAUGCUGUUGAAUUUUGUAAAUAUAGACAAGUUGUAACGCAGCAGCUUACAGUACUACAUUACCCGCGUACCAUCACAUCCUCAUGGUGUUGAUUUAGGAUUUGUGCAGUGUGUGGCCCGCGAGUGUUUCGCCUAUCCCUGGUUCAAUGGCACCCAAAGUGACGGCCUAUGAGCUGAGGCGCGUCGAGUGGCUGGAACGCUUAGACCGAGCCGGCGGUGCCGCUGAGGUCCUGCUGAUAUGCCAGGACAUCUGCAAUCUAGUGGAUCGGCGCACAAGCGCCGACGAGGUUGACCCGGCGGACGUGGCGCCAGGGUCUCCAGGAUGGGGUACCCGUUUGUAUCUAAACAACGAGCUGCUGGUACGGCUCAAAACGGUUAUGGAAAGUCCCAAAAGCACGUUCGGCCAAAGGAAGAUCAUAGCAAAGUCGCUGUUCAAAAUCUACGCUCACAACUGCCGAUACUCGCGGAUGGUUUUCCCGGUGGGAGGCGUACUGCCCAGUGGGACCAUGAUGGCAGAAGAAACGGUGGCCAUCUACGGGCUGAUAUACUCUGGAUUUUUAGCCGUGGCAGGAUCGGAGAACCUGACCGGAAUAGCCGUUCGGAACUUUGAGCUGUUCCAGACGAUGGGCUGUUAUAGUAAGUGCUUGAACACCUUGGCGGAAAAUAUGAUUGCUCUGCAGAAGAUGGACUGCUACGACAAGUUCUUCCGGGAAAGGCAGGACCGGAUAUGGCAUAUCGUGCUGUUGAAUCUGGAGUCACCCUACAAGGGGUCACGAGAGUACGUGCUAGGGAUACUCAAAAAUCUUCUGAACGAUGAUAAGUUUGUCCGGAUGGUUGUCCUUCCGGCUAUACUGAGAUGGAGCUGGCUGAACCGCAAUAAGUUCCAUGUCCUGAUGGCCCUUCUGGGAAGAUAUCGCCUGGAGAGCUUGGAAGAAAUGAGCGGAGAGAGGAUUGAUUUGUACCGAGCCCUAGAACUAUCACUUCAUUAUAAGCAUUUGUUCUCCGGAAGUCAAGGAAUCGUUCGGGUGCUACAGAAGAAACAAGAUGAUCGUGUUUUCGAACUGCAGGUGAAAAUUCUACAAGAUGGAAGCAUUGAGCUGGUUCGCACCAUGAUUAAACAAUGGUUCUCCAACCUUACAGUAGGUGAUUACAGGAAACUCUUCAAAAUGAUGCAACUUGAUCAGUUGAAGAUCGGGGAGAACAGGAAGUUCAUGCCCAGCUAUUUGAAAGACAAUAACUACGUCAAGUUCUUCCAGUACAUGAACCUUUUCAAACGAGAGUUUCAAUCUUCCAAAGAUUUGAACAUUCUCCUAGUGCUGCUGCUACAAAUCUCUGCCGAAACAAGUCUUGACUACAUGUCCAUGUCGCUGCUGAUAGAGACACUGGUGCACCAUAUUACCACUCCAAACGCACACAUCCACCCUUCCACGAGUGUUUUCUACAUCUUCAAGCUGAAAGAGUACAUCCUGCAACAACUGGGAGUUCCUUCUGUUCACGUAUGCAACACCAUCGUCGCCCAGUGCACCAAACUACUGAAUCACAUUGCCUCGCUCUCGCUGGAACGCUACGAAGCCAACGAGGAUGCCUACGGAAUCGUGUCCGAGCUGAUGGGUUCGUCCGUAUUUCACCAACAUCUGCAAAAGCAAUCCACCAGCAACUAUCACGCCGUCAUCACCAGCCUACGCAUGUUCCAAUCGUUCGCCUCGCUGUUUCUGGAGUUCACUCCGAGCUCGCCAUACCGCCUGCAGGAAAAGGAGUCCACGACGGCAGAUCGAACCACCCAUCUACUGCCCGUGGAAUCGGACACCUUCUACGAUAUGAUAUACGGGGUGGAGCAUUUGCUGACUUCCGACUUCGAGGAUGUCAAAAUGAACGUCCUCAAGCUGCUGUAUAACAAAAGCUCCGCCUACCAUUACGGACCGGCACUGCAGGGAAAGCUGUCGCUGAUAUACUCCUAUAGCACCCCUUCGGCCAUACUGGAAGCCAUGACCAGUUUCUACGACGAAGCACACACUGCCCUGCUCACAUCGCUGCGUGACCACGAAAGGGACCUGUUCGCCAUGAUGAAGAACGACUACCAACUGCACACGCACAUCGACAGCAUCAACGAGGCGUUUUUCGGCUACCAGGAAUCUCGCAACCUUCAGAUAUUGGAAGGCAUUAAAGCCUUCCCGGGGAUGCUUCUGCUGGUGAACCGGGUGGUGGAGUUUGUUCUGCGAUCGUUCAACUGUGCCAAAUCGCCGGACGAGAAGGAAAUGAUCGGGUCCAGUUUCGAAAUUAUGGACAACAGUUUCCAGAUGCUGUUGGAUCGAUCGUCGCAACGAUCGACCAAUGUAUCAAUCGACAAGAAAGCAAUGCUCAAAGCCCUGUGGAAGGCAUUGCACUCAUCGGCUGCAUUUCUGGAAAAUUACGCUUACUGGAUUUUGGACAACUACAAGACCCGGUUGGACACCGUGAAACAGUUGUCGAUUUGUCUGCGGACGUUUGUGAUGAUCAUGCUGAAUUGUUGCCAUCGGGGGGCCAUCGAAGCGACUGGGGUUGCCUUUGGGAGGGUGAUCAAGAAGAUUUGUACCUUGAAGGGACGGCUAGUGGUACGGAACGAUCAUCGCAACCGCCAGGCCAAGUCGAUCGUGGAACUAGCGGAGAAAAUAUUCCGAACAUUAAUUAGGCUGGAACUUCAAGGAAACGAUUUCAGGCGUUGCCGGGGAUAUCUAUGGAUGAUUCACAACUUCAUCAAAGGAGACACAGACAACAAUGCCGAGCGAUCAUAUCUGAGGAUCUACAUAGAAGUUAAUCGUCUUCCAUUGUUCCAGUCAGGAAUGAUCGCGGAAGCUACCGAUAAGAUUUCCGUCAUUCAACUGCAUCAGUUGAAUUUGAUGGUACGAGAGGCUACCUUGAACGAAACCAUUCUGGAGUACAUCGAUGACCUGAUGAUCAUUGCGUUGGAGCGAUUCAAAUCAACGGAUUGGCCUAUUCGCAACGCCGCUCUCCAACUGUACUCGUCGAUCGUUACAAAACUAGUCGGACAACGUCAGCAAUGUUCGGACCCGAACUGCGACUGGCUUCCAGUGUAUGUGUCUCUCAACGAGCUGAUCUUCAAACUGGUCAAGGCGAACAAGUACAUUCUGAAGGAGCUACGUUCCACCGACCGGGUUUCCACACCUUUCCUGAUUCUGGUUCUGGAGUUUCUCUCUAAGGUGGAAUAUCGAGUGUACAAUGUUCUGGGACAGAAAUCGAUCAUCGUGGAGUACAGAAGUCUGAUGUGGCGCUACUUGAGACACGAAAACGAUCAAGUUCGAACGCUGGCUGCCACUUGUUUCACACAGCUGCACGAUUUCUACGACGAAAUACCUCGUCUCAUGGAAAACUUGAUCAUCUGCUUCUUCACUGCACGGAGGAACGAAAACUUCCGGUACGGUCUGCUGAAGGUGAUACAGUUCAUGGUGCGCAAGCGGUUGUCCAACGCACGUUUAGUUUUCGGCAAGGAAUUCGAUCGUGAGGAAUACCUCGAGCAAUUGCGGCACCUGGUUACCAAGUAUUGCCCUCUGGAUGAUGGCAUCAGGGCUAGCUAUCGACUGCGGUGCCAUUUGCUCGACCUGUUGCUGUAUCUGGGCUUCAAACGGAUGGAUUCCGUUGUGGUGGAUCAGGUAUUCAACCGGUUGGCACCGAACAACUUCGGCUUGAAUGUGUAUCUGAUGAGAACGAAUGCGCUGUACAACAAGAAUCUGGAGAGUAGCGUACUGAACAGUCAACAACAAGUGAUGGAAUAUGAGGUAGUUAUCGAGGGGGAUGAGAAGGGCGAAGAUUUGGAGGAUGACUAAGCAAUGUACCAUCACAGAACACGAAAUAUAUGACAAU